AUGGAUCUAAUAACCACAAUUGUAGUAAUAAUUCGCCACCCAUUAGUGAUGCUUAUGCGGGUGCGGGUAAGAAAUCUCGUCAAAGGUUACAAGAAAAAGGAAAAAAGAGGUACAACCAUCCUUGAUGAGAAAAAUAGUCUUCGUAAUCAAGAGCUUAUAUAUUAUAAUUAUGGAUCUCAAGCAAGGAAACGACAUAAAAAUAAACCCUAUGACCAAGCUUCAGGUUCUGGCACAAAAGCUGAUGAUGGAGAGGUAUAUUAA